AUGCAUUCUCAAAAAAUUUUAGUCUUAGGUGCCACUGGAAACAUUGGAUCUGCUACUGUUAAAACUCUUGCUAGUCGUAAAGCUAAUGUUACUGCCGGUGUUAGAGAUCCCUCAAAAGCUAAAGAAUUAUAAAACUCCGGUGCUUAAGUCAUUAAAGCUGACAUGAGUCAAAACUAAGCUGAACUUGCUAAAAUUAUUUCAAAUUACAACGCUGUUUAUCUAGUAACUCCUGGUCAUAUUGAUCGUACAUAAAUCACUAUUAACGCAAUACAAGCAGCUAGAUAGGCCAACAUCUAAUACGUACUUCUUGUUUCUAUACCUUGUGCUGAUAAUUAAAAUAUUUUGUUUGGAAGACAAUUCACUCCAAUUGAAAAAGAACUCAAAGCUAGUGGAUUAAAAUAUGGAAUAUUAAGAUUACCAAUGUUCACUGAUAAUGCUUGGGGUAAUAAUGAACCAAUCAGAACACACAACACUUUCUAUGGUCCUAUCAAUGGAGACAAGAAGUUUGUAACUGUUGCAGUAUAAGAUGCUGCUUUGGCUGCUGCAAUCAUUCUUGAAAACCCAAGCAAACACAAUGGAAAAACUUAUACUAUCACAAGUGACUACAAAAGCAGUGAUGAGCAAGCAUAAAUAUUUUCUCAAGCUCUUGGAAGAUAAAUUAAAUAUGUAAAUGCUACUUUCGAAGGAUCAAAAUAAUCAUUAUUGAAAAUGAUGCCUGAGUGGUAGGUUGAUGGUUUAUUGGAGCUAUAUUCAUUAGUAGAGAAGAGUGAUGUUAGUCAAGUAAAUCAAACAAGCGAUUAUAAACAAAUUACAGGAAACUCACCAACAACAACUUUGAGUUGGAUGUGGUAAAACCACAAAUCAUUUUGA